AUGGUCGUCCUCCGCAGCAGCUUGGAGCUGCACAGCCAACCGGCAGCCUCAGCCAAGGACCCUCUGGACCUGUCCAACGAGUUCCUCAGCCUGGAGCAGAUCGGUCGAAGGCGGCUCCGCUCGGCCCGCGCUGCUGAGAAAUCCGCGGUCACCGCGGCAGCCGCGGGCGAUGGAUCUUCGGUUAAGGAAGUUGAAACCUACCACCAGACGCGUGCUUUAAGAUCUUUGAGAAAAAAUACACAGAAUUCUUCAGAUUCUAGUUUUGAUAAGAAUAUGGAAAUAAUGGAGAAACAUGCUAAUGGCAGGCAUUUCACAAGGCAGUUGGCCAAACAGCAGGCUGAUAAAAAAAAAGGAGAGUGCAAAGAAGAUAAAGUAAUCCCAGUUACUCGGUCAUUGAGAACUAGAAACAUCAUUCAAACUACAGAGCGCUUAUGUAAAGAAAACGGUGAUGUUGAAGUUCGCCGCAGUUGUAGGAUUAGAAGUCGAUACAGUGCUGUGAACCAGUCCGUUUUGUUUGACAAACUUAUAACCAACACUGCUGAAGCUGUACUUCAAAAAAUGGAUGACAUGAAGAAGAUGCGCAGACAGCGAAUGAGAGAACUUGCGGACUUGGGAGUGUUUAAUGAAGCUGAAGAAGGGAAUCUUAACAUGUACACAAGAGGAAAACAAAAACGUAUCCAAAGAACUGAUGAAGAAACAACUGAUAAUCAAGAAGGCAGUGUAGAAUCUUCUGAAGAGGGAGAAGACCAAGAAGAUGAAGAUGAUGGUGAAGAUGAUGGUGAAGAUGAAGAUGAUGGUGAAGAUGAUGAAGAUGACGAAGAGGAAGAUGAUGGAGAAGAAGAUAAUCAGAAACGAUACUAUCUAAGGCAGAGAAAAGCUACUGUUUACUACCAGGCUCCGUUGGAAAAACCUCGUCAUCAGAGAAAACCCAACAUAUUUUACAGUGGCUCAGCUUCUCCUGCGAGACCAAGAUAUCGAUUGUCUUCUGCGGGACCAAGAAGUCCUUAUUGUAAACGAAUGAACAGACGAAGGCAUGCAAUCCACAGUAGUGACUCUACUUCAUCUUCCUCUUCUGAAGAUGAACAACAAUUUGAAAGGCGAAGGAAAAGAAGCCGUAAUAGAGCUAUGAGCAGGUUCCUCCCACUCAAUUUUCGGAAAGAUGAAUUAAAAGGAAUUUAUAAAGAUCGAAUGAAAAUUGGAGCAAGCCUUGCUGAUGUUGAUCCGAUGCAGCUAGAUUCUUCAAUACGAUUUGAUAGUGUUGGUGGCCUAUCUAAUCAUAUCGCAGCUCUAAAAGAGAUGGUGGUUUUUCCAUUACUUUACCCAGAAGUCUUUGAAAAGUUCAAAAUUCAACCUCCAAGAGGUUGUUUGUUUUAUGGUCCUCCUGGAACUGGAAAAACUCUGGUUGCUAGAGCACUUGCCAAUGAGUGCAGUCAGGGGGAUAAAAGAGCAGCAUUUUUCAUGAGGAAGGGUGCCGACUGCCUGAGUAAAUGGGUAGGAGAAUCUGAGAGGCAGCUACGACUGUUAUUUGACCAGGCCUAUCAGAUGCGCCCAUCAAUUAUUUUCUUUGAUGAAAUUGAUGGUCUGGCUCCAGUACGAUCAAGCAGACAGGAUCAAAUUCACAGUUCUAUUGUCUCCACCCUGCUAGCUCUUAUGGAUGGAUUGGACAGCAGAGGAGAGAUUGUGGUCAUUGGUGCUACAAACAGGCUAGAUUCAAUAGACCCCGCUUUACGAAGGCCUGGUCGCUUUGACAGAGAAUUCCUUUUUAGCCUACCUGAUAAAGAUGCUCGAAAAGAAAUUCUAAAAAUUCACACAAGAGAUUGGAAUCCGAAACCACUGGACAUAUUUCUAGAAGAGCUAGCAGAAAACUGUGUUGGAUACUGUGGUGCAGAUAUUAAGUCAAUAUGUGCUGAAGCGGCUUUAUGUGCUCUACGUCGACGCUACCCACAGAUCUAUACCACCAGUGAGAAACUGCAAUUGAAUCUCUCUUCAAUUAAUAUCUCAGCUAAGGAUUUUGAGGUGGCUAUGCAAAAGAUGAUCCCAGCCUCUCAAAGAGCUGUGACAUCACCUGCACAGGCACUGUCCACCAUUGUGAAACCCCUACUGCAAAGCACUGUUCACAAGAUCUUGGAAGCCCUACAGAGAGUAUUUCCACAUGCAGAAAUUGGAACAAAUAAAACACUAGACUCAGCUAUGCCUUGUUCUCUGCUGGAAAGUGACUUGGCGUAUAGUGAUGAUGAUGUUCCGUCAGUGUAUGAAAAUGGACUUUCUCAGAAAUCCUUUAAUAAAGCAAAAGAAAAUUGUAAUUUUCUUCAUUUGAAUAGAAAUGCUUGUCACCAACCUAUGUCUUUUCGACCAAGAAUAUUAAUAGUAGGAGAACCGGGAUUUGGACAGGGCUCUCACUUGGCACCAGCUGUCAUCCAUGCUUUGGAGAGAUGCACAGUGUAUACAUUAGACAUUCCUGUUCUUUUUGGAGUCAGCGCUACGUCUCCUGAGGAAACAUGUGCCCAGACAAUUCGUGAGGCAAAGAGAACAGCACCAAGUAUAGUGUAUGUCCCACACAUUCACUUGUGGUGGGAAAUAGUCGGACCAACCCUCAAAGCCACAUUUAUCACAUUAUUACAGAACAUUCCUUCAUUUGCUCCAGUUUUACUGCUUGCAACUUCAGAUAAACCCCAUUCUACUCUGCCAGAAGAGGUGCAAGAAUUAUUUAUCCGUGAGUAUGGAGAAAUUUUUAAUGUUCAAUUACCUGGUGAAGAAGAACGAACAAAAUUUUUUGAAGAUUUAAUUCUCAAACAAGCUGCUAAGCCUCCUGUAUCAAAAAAGAAAGCAGUUUUACAGGCCUUGGAGGUACUCCCAGUAGCACCACCACCUGAGCCAAGGCCAUUGACAGUAGAAGAAGUGAAACGGCUAGAAGAACAAGAAGAAGAUACAUUUAGAGAAUUGAGGAUUUUCUUAAGAAAUGUUACACAUAGGCUUGCUAUUGACAAGCGAUUCCGAGUAUUUACUAAGCCUGUUGAUCCUGAUGAGGUUCCUGAUUAUGUCACUGUAAUAAAGCAGCCAAUGGACCUUUCAUCUGUCAUCAGUAAAAUUGAUCUGCACAAGUACCUGACUGUGAAAGACUAUCUGCGGGAUAUUGAUCUGAUCUGUAGCAAUGCUCUGGAAUACAAUCCCGAUCGAGAUCCUGGAGAUCGUCUUAUUAGACAUAGAGCUUGUGCUUUAAGAGACACCGCCUAUGCGAUCAUUAAAGAGGAGCUUGAUGAGGACUUUGAACAGCUUUGUGAAGAGAUUCAGGAGUCUAGGAAGAAGCGAGGUUGCAGCUCUUCCAAAUAUGCCCCAUCUUACUACCAUGUGAUGCCAAAGCAAAACUCCACUCCUGCUGGAGAUAAGAGAUCGGAUCCAGGGCAGAAUGAAAAGCUAAAGAUGCCCAGCACGCCUGUGGCCUGUAGCACACCUGCUCAAUUGAAGAGAAAAAUUCGCAAAAAGUCUAAGUGGUACUUAGGUACCAUAACAAAACGAAGGAAGGUUUCACAGGGGAAAGAUGAAUGCCAGCACGCAGGGGGUGACAAAAUUGAGAGUGAUGCAGAGGAAACUCAGGAUACAAGUGUGGACCAUAACGAGACAGGAAACACUGGCGAUUCUUCAAUGGAAGAAAACGAGAAGCAGCAAAAUGCUUCUGACAGCAGGAUGAAGUUGGCAAAUAACAACUCCAGUAACUGUAGCAUUGAGAAUGACCUGGAAGGAUCUGGGAAGAGCGUAUGUGCAGAGUUGAGAAAAGACAACAUGGCCUGCAGUGGAAAUGCUUCUGGCUCUCAGAUCGUAGAUAAUUUAGAUGAAAGUGAAGCAAAUGAUAUGUGUGUUCUGCGAAUGACUCGAGCUAGACGGCCCCAGGGACAGCAGCAGCUCAUCAGUGUGGAGAAGGCUUUGGCAAUUCUUUCUCACCCAACACCCUCGCUUGUUGUGGACCAGGAGCGCUUAAAAAAUCUUUUGAAGACUGUUGUUCAAAAAAGUCAAAAAUACAAUAUAUUUCAGUUGGAAAAUCUGUAUGCAGUAAUCAGCCAGUGUGUCUAUCAGCAUCGCAGGGACUAUGACAAAACAGCACUUAUUCAGAAAAUGGAGCAAGAAGUAAAAAACUUUAAUUGUUCCAGAUCCUGA